AAUUAUUGGAAAUUAUUCAAUCUUUCAUGGUAUCAGAGCUUCUCUAGUUCACGGCUCUCUCCCAUCUUCGGCCCUCUCCUUGCCGAUCAUCUCUCUCCUCUCUUUCGGCGUUUUCACAGCCGCACCUCCCCACCGGCGACACCAUGGCCGACGACAAAAAUUCUACUCCUCCAACCAAAAUUCCUCACCUUGCCUUCACCACCAUCUCCAAUAUCAAACUCCACAUUCCGGUUCAACUAAGCAUCUUCGAACCAAAUUACAAAAAGUGGAGCAAAUUAUUCCGUCUUCUUGUUCUCCGGUUCAACCUAAUGCGAUUUCUUGACGGAACCAACGUCGCCUCAUCCUCCGACGACGUUGAAUGGCUCCAGUUUGAUGCCUUACUCCAAGGGUGGAUCCUUUCCACCGUUACUGACGAAGUUUCGGAUCUAGUUCUCGCCAACAGCCCCACGGCUCACUCCCUAUGGACGGCGAUCUACAAGUUGUUUCAUGAUAAUAAACAUGCUCGUGCAAUGCAGUUGGAGCACCGAUUCCGGACAACUGUCAAGGGGACUCGAACGAUCAACGAAUAUUGCCAUCUCCUCAAAAAUCUCGCCGAUUAUCUCGAUGAUGUGGAUGCCCCGGUGACGGAACAUGCACUGGUUCUACAAGUUCUCCAAGGUUUGCCUCAAAACAUCCGGUCUCAGGUUACGUUUCUUCAAUACCAAACUCCGUUCCCCACUUUUAUGGAGGUCCGUUCGGCUCUUUUGCUCGUCGAACAACAGCAAAACGACGCCACCCACGGCGCCGACUCUUCGACGGCCCUCCUUAGCACCGGGAGCAGGGGCGGGAAUCCUGCAGGAGGCGGGCAGCAGCGGCAGAAUGGCCCUGGACGUGGCUACGGCAGUUCCCCUCGGAGCUUUAACGGCGGCAACCGAGGACGAGGACGUGGCCGCGGUCGUGGCGGCUCGAAUCAGCGGCAACCCACCGGAUCUCAACCCUGGCAAGAGAGAAAGAGGCCCACACCAAAACACUGCGGUAUGAGCGCUGAGUUGAACCGGAGCUACCGAGUCUGCGAGGAGAUCGGCCGGGGGAGGUUCGGCGUCGUCUUCAAGUGCUACUCCCCGGAUUCCGGCGACGCGUUCGCCGUCAAAUCGAUCGAGAAGCGACUCAUCGCCGAGGACUCCGUCGACAGACAAUGCCUCUUCAACGAAACCAAGGUCAUGCUGCGUCUCUCCUCCAACCCCUACGCCCUCCGCAUCUUCGACGUCUUCGAGGACGACGAUCACCUCCAUCUCGUCGUCGAGCUCUGCGCGUCCUCCGAUCUCUUCCAUCGUAUCUCCUCCCGCCCUGUCUUCUCCGAGGCCGAAGCCCUAACCGUUAUGGCACCGUUAAUGGAGGCGAUCGCGCAUUGUCACCGGCUCGGCGUUGCUCACAGGGACAUCAAACCGGAAAACGUGCUCUACAACGAGUGGGGGGAGAUGAAACUAGCCGAUUUCGGUUCGGCUGAGUGUUUCGGUGAGGGCCAGCUGAUGAGCGGAGUGGUGGGGACGCCAUACUAUGUGGCGCCGGAGGUGUUGGCCGGAAGGGACUACACGGAGAAGGUCGACGUGUGGAGCGCCGGCGUCAUUCUGUACAUAAUGCUCGCCGGAGUCCCGCCUUUUUACGGGGACUCCGCGGAAAAAAUCUUCGAAGCCGUACUCAGAGCCAAUCUCCGGUUUCCGUUGAGGAUCUUCAGCGCCGUAUCGCCGGAAGCUAAGGAUCUGCUCCGGAGGAUGCUCUGCAAGGACGUUUCCAGAAGAUUCUCGGCUGAACAAGUGCUGAGGCAUCCAUGGAUGACAAGCAAUGGAGAAAGCAGGGGAGUCGGUGUUCUAGCCUAACUACUAGUAUUAUGUAGGGCAUGUUUGAGAAUAACAUUAGAGAUUAGCGUUAGCGUUUUGGAUAAAAAUUUAAUGGUGCAGAUUACUUUGAAAACGCUAAACGCUGCCCGUAAAUAACUUUUUCAAAACACUAACGUUAAUCUCUAACGCUAUUUUCAAACAGACGUACUCCGUAUAUACUAGUACUUCGUACCGUAUAUAUAGUACUCCGUAUUCCAUACGGAUGGGGGAAAGUAGCUAGUACUAUAUGGAGUUUAUUGUAGUAGGAGUAAUAAUCUGAUGUACAUAUU